AGGAGAGGGAGAUAUCUUUGCGCCCCAUCUUUCCGGAAAUUACAGAUCUGCCACCCGGGAUCCUUUUUCCCGGUUCUUCCUGGUUCUAUAUAAUCAUUAGGGCUGGGUGUGGCAGUUGAAAUUCGCGUGUGAAACGGAGGCCAAAGCGGUCAAUUCAGCUUAGAGAAGGAGACAAAGAGAGAUGGAGGGGGAGAGAGAAAUACUCGCGGAGCGUCGGAGGCUUGGAUGCCUGGAAGCAGGCGCCGGUGAAUUGUGAAUGGCGAGAUCGCUUCGGAAGAAGCUCUUCAAAUGUCGAAUUCUUCUAACACCGUUUGAGCCCUAACACUGCAUCUUCUUUCCAACAACUCGACUUCGAUCUUCAAACAGGAUAUCAGGAAGCUCCGGAAAGGAACUCGCAUUUAUGAUGCUUUGCGUGUGAAUUCCGUAAUUUCUGUUUCGUUGACAUGAAACUGCUUUAUCUUUGAGAAAUGGCGGAGGUGACGAAACUGUUGUAUAUAGUUGUUGUGGAUGAUGAGGAGAAGAGAGACAACGGGAAAGAGUCGUUUAGGUACACGCGAUCUGUUCUUCAAAGCACUCUGCAGCUUAUGGGAUGCAAAGCGAGACAUGCGUUUAAGAUUAGCCAAAGGGUAUUUGAAUUGAUGAAAAGUGAAUGCUCUGUGGAUGCUCAUGCUCUGCCUGUGGUAGAAAAGUCGGAGCUGGAAGUUUCACAAGGGCAUGCUCAGGAAGAAAAUGAUUGCACUCCUAGUCGUACUUCCUAUAAAUCCAAUGGGGGUCAGCAUUUGAUUAUAGAGAAAGAUGGCAAAAGUAAAACAUUCGAGUUGUACAAAAGGCGCACAACCGUGAUUGUUAUAAGGAAGACUUUCUUAGAUGUUGUCUGUGAUGCCCUGGCUGAAUACAAGUAUGUGGGUCCCAACCAGAGAUCGGAUUUGAUUUUAGCUUGCAGAAUCCGGGAAAGGAAGGAAUCUGUGACCGUGCUGUUGUGUGGGACCAGUGGCUGUGGCAAAUCUACAUUGUCAGCACUGCUGGGUAGCAGAUUAGGUAUCACAACAGUAAUAUCUACUGACUCGAUUCGGCACAUGAUGCGGAGCUUUGUAGAUGAAAAACAAAAUCCCUUGCUUUGGGCUUCCACAUACCAUGCGGGGGAAUAUUUGGAUCCAGAGGCUGUUGCAGCUGCAAAGGCCAAAAAGAAAGCCAAAAAAUUAGCGGGUGUUGCUGACUUGCAGCCAAAGGAUGAUGUAUCUGAUGGUUCUGCUGUUGGAAAACCUGAUAUCCAACUACCAGAAGAAUUGAUCAGCGCAAAGCAGAUGGCUGUUGAGGGAUACAAGGCACAAAGUGAGAUGGUCAUUGAGAGUCUUGAUCGGUUAAUUACUGCAUGGGAAAAAAGGAAUGAAUCAGUUGUAGUUGAAGGUGUCCACUUAAGCCUUAAUUUUGUGAUGGGGCUUAUGAAGAAACAUCCUUCAAUCAUACCAUUCAUGAUAUACAUAACAAAUGAGGACAAACACAUGGAAAGAUUUGCCGUUCGUGCAAAAUACAUGACCCUAGACCCUGCUAAAAACAAGUAUGUGAAAUAUAUUCGAAACAUCAGGACAAUACAAGACUAUCUCUGCAAGCGAGCUGAUAAGCAUCUAGUCCCCAAAAUAAAUAAUACUAAUGUUGACAAGAGUGUGGCAGCCAUCCAUGCAACUGUCUUCAGCUGCCUUAGAAGACGCGAGGCUGGGGAGCAGCUUUAUGAUCCUUCUACUAACAGAGUUUCAGUGGUUGAUGAGGAGUACAGGAAUCAGUGUGCUGCCAAUUCAUUGGGCUCAAAGUAUAUGUUCCAACUAAUUCAAAGACAGGGUUCUAGUAGGCAUUUGAUGGCUCUUCUGAAUACUGAUGGUUCUGUGGCAAAGGCUUGGCCUGUUGAGUCAAUUGAAAGCCAUGGCAAGCCAACAGUGGGCCAGCAUACUGAGAAUGGGAUAGGGACGCCAAUGUAUGGGCCAUUGCAAAUUGGUAAAGCUGAACCCGUUAAUCUUCAGUUUGGCCACUUUGGGAUCAGUGCUUGGCCUAGUGAUACUGGUGGUACAAGUCAUGCCAGCAGUUUUGAUGAGUUGAGGGGAUUUACUUCUGAUAAUGGCAGUAGACAUUAUUCUUCCAGCUGCAGCUCGCCCAGGAUGCCUGAGGGAUUGGCCAAAGAGCACAAGGAGGAGCUUUCUGUGCAUGGCAGUGAUGAAGAGGUUGAUGAUCCUCCUGAAGGGGACAGUGAUGAGGAUCUAAGUGAUGAUGGUAAAAAACGGAUCCAUGAAGAGUUGGAGGGCUCUGUGGAUGAGGAGUCAACUAAAUCAGAUGAAGAGUAUGAUGAUCUUGCAAUGCAGGAUGUCCAAGAGAACGGCUACUGGCCAGAUGAGAUCAAGGAUAAGGUAGAGCCUGUGUCGGGAGGGAAACCAACAUCCGAGGUUUCUGGCAUAUAUGGAAAUGAGGAUGAUGGGCAUACUACUCUUAAUCGUGCCUUGAAAACGAGAAGUGAAUCGCAGUCUGAGCUACGACGCUCUUAUUCUUCUCCCCUAAAGGAGAAGAAUGAGAAGAGAGUGGUAUCGCCUGGUAGUGCGAAAAUGAGAAGAAGAUGCCACAGUACAUUAGGUUUUGGAAAGAAUUGGUCAGUAACUAAAGAUCAGAACCAGAGAUAAGUGUAAAAAUUCUUGUUUUGUUGUUUGCCUUCCCAGGUGUCUGUAUAUAAUAUUCUUAAGAGUGCUGAUGCAUGACUGUAUCUUUCUGCUUGCAA